UGAAGAAUUUCUUUCAUUUAAAAUUUGUACAAAACCAAUUAUUUCCGAUUGGAAAAAUCGACCAAAAAUUCGAAUAAGACUAACACUUUUAGGAUCAUCUGCAAUAGGCAAAACAGUGUUAGCACAAUGUUUAAAAUAUGGACGUUGGCCUCAAACUAUGACAUUACCAACUUCAACAAUUGGAAGUGAUAUACUCUUUUAUUAUUUAGAUAAAUUAUUUCGAAAUGAAUAUGUUGUUGCUAUUCAAUUAAAUGAUCCACCAGGACAAGAACAAUUUGAAUCAGUAACAAAUCAUUUCUUUCGAGAAUGUCAUGGAGCUUUACUAUUAGCUGAUACGACACGUUUAGAAACUCUUGAUCGUUUAGAAAAAUUUUGGUAUCCAAAAUUAGAAAAAUUCGGUAUGGAUCAUUUCCAAAGUGUACUUGUAUGUACAAAAAUGGAUUUAUUUGAAAAAGAAGAUAUAAAAUAUCGCGAAUUAUUUCUUCAACGUUCACAACAAUUUGCUUUUGCACAUCAAAUGCCAAUUGUUAAUAUUUCUGCUUAUCGAGGUGAUAAUAUCGAAUAUCUUUUCAAACAAUUAAUUAUUCGAAUUAUGGAAAAUGAUAUACUCAUUAAUGAUUUAAUAAAUCAAGCAAUUUAUUCUCAAAAAUUAAAUAUUAUUCAACAAAAAGUAAUACCAGACAUUCAUAUAUCAGAGAAACAAAAAUCGAAAUUUACAUGUUGUAAUUAA